AUGAUCUGUAGCCACCCUUAUCCUUCCUCCCCACCGACAGGACAAUCUGAUCCAAGUUUUACCGAACAGGGCGGUGGUGCAAGACUUGCUUUUGAAGCUUCUAAGGGAGACUGCACGAAGACCAAAAUCAGGUCCGACCACACUCCACUUUAUGAGAACCCACUGGGAUCUGGGGUGGCAUUGAAGCAUGGGAUAGAUGUUGGCGCUGGGGUUAUUGAAGCUGACUAUAGAGGACCAGUUGGAGUGGUGUUGUUUAAUCAUUCUGAUACUGAUUUAGAAGAAUCUUAUUUAAGCAGAACACUCAUUGGUGGCCAAAACAACGCUACGUCCAAGGGUGUGAACUGCCAGUGCAGAGUACGGAAGUACAGGCCAGUAAGAGUUCCAACUGAUGUAUCUAAACACAUAGUACCAAAAAUCAGUACCACAGCUCAUAAAUCAGAAGAUGACUAA